AUGGGCACGAGUCAGUCAGCCGAAUUUUCCACACGUGCAUCAUCACUGCGCUCGAAAUUGGGCGAACCACAAGUGCUCACUGCUUAUCAGAAAGUUAUCCUGCAAACAACAUGGCGACACAUGAGUAAAGCUGGUCAAAGCAGUUGCGCAAAUACAAUCAUGAGCCGACUCUUCAUUCGAGAUGAACAGAUCAAAAACGUCUUUCACCACAACACUAUGCUCAAUGCUGUCUUGGGGUCAGACGACACGCACUGCUUCCAGCAGCACCACAGAGAAAUCAUUGAAUUUUUGCAAUUCGUGAUUUCAAAUCUGGAUUAUCCAUCAAAAAUCGCGGAGAAAUGUCAUGAAAUCGGCGUUUUACAUAGAAAAUACAUAGCGAUGGGAAUGGAGGCAGAGCACUGGGAUCUACUUGGCGAAGCGAUUACGGAGACAAUAAGAGAAUUCCAAGGCUGGAAAACACACCGUGAAAGUUUGAGAGCAGCCAACGUUAUCGUUUCUUUCGUUAUAGACAGAAUACAAACAGGAUUCUUACAAAGAGAAGUAACUACGCCGAAUGACGCUCCGACGACCUCGAAGGAAACCAGAACCGAAGUAGAUCGAGAGCGUAGCAAGAGCCUGCAAGAUGCACAUAAAGAAUUUUAUCGUCGACAAUCCACGGAUUCAUGUUUGAAUGUAAAGGACGUUGUGGCCGCUCUUGCUCCACAAAGUACAAAGAAAAAGCUGCAGCCGAUUCCAAUAAAGAGCUUGCCAUGUUUUCCAUCAUCAAACGAGGUGCCUGUGGAGUUACGGGUGAGCACAUAA